CGUUGACAGUCAUCUUCCCUGCAAACACGCAUCUCUAAUACCUGUCCAUCGCUCUGCGGAAGCAAGCUGUCCUGUCCUGUCCUGGCUCCUCGACUCGAUAGCGUGCAAGCCCGAGUCCUCGCUUGCGUCUCGUCGCGCCGAACCAGAUCUGAGGUACAACGCUCGAAUUGUCUGCACAGCAGGGAGGUGGGAACACAGCUGGGGCACCCUUUGACAUACGCUGGCAUCGCGUUUGACAAGACAGAAGCUUCUGACCAGCUCAGGUGCAACGGCAAGGCACCAUGCCUAGGGAGUUGAUUACGCUGCAAGCCGGGCAGUGCGGCAACCAGAUCGGCUCGCAGUUCUGGGAGCACCUUUGUCGAGAUCAUGGCAUAGCGCCAGACGGCACACCAUCGGACUUUGCGACCGAGUCCUCGGGCGAUCGCAAGGAUGUGUUCUUCUACCAAGCAGACGACGAGCACUACGUUCCCAGAGCCAUAUUGGUCGAUCUCGAACCGAGAGUGAUUGGCGGGAUAAUGAAUGGCACGUACAAGAACCUUUAUAAUCCGGAAAACAUACAUUUGAGCAAGGAUGGGGGUGGUGCGGGAAAUAAUUGGGCGCAGGGCUACGCGGCUGGCGACAAGAUCGCCGACGAGCUCAUAGAUAUGGUCGAUAGGGAGGCGGACGGCAGCGAGAGCUUGGAGGGCUUCAUGCUGCUGCACUCGAUUGCUGGAGGUACCGGCUCUGGCCUUGGCUCUUUCUUGCUGGAAAGAUUAUCUGACCAGUACCCAAAAAAGCUGAUCCAGACGUACAGCGUCUUUCCCAAUUCGGAGGAGACCUCGGAUGUGGUGGUGCAGCCUUACAACUCGGUAUUGAGCAUGAAGAGGCUGAUCGAUCACGCAGACAGCGUCGUCGUGCUCGACAAUGCUCAGUUGGCGCGCAUCGCUGCGGACAGGCUGCACCUUCAAAAUCCGAGCUACUCCCAAACGAAUCAGCUCGUCAGCACAGUCAUGGGCGCGUCUACAUUGACCUUGAGAUAUCCUGGCUACAUGAACAACGAUCUGGUCGGAAUGAUCGCGUCCUUGAUCCCUACACCACGCGCGCACUUCCUGAUGACAUCGUACACACCCUUCACGUCCGACACGAUCGAGCGAGGCAAAGCGACUACAAAGACGUCGGUCUUGGACGUGAUGCGGCGAUUGCUGCAGCCAAAGAACCGGAUGGUCUCGACGCAAGGGUGCAGCAGAUCGGCGUGCUACGUCAGUAUUCUCAACAUCAUACAAGGCGAUGCCAUCGAUCCUAGAGAUGUGCACAAGUCGUUGCUGAGGAUUCGAGAGAGACACUUGGCGAGCUUCAUCCCAUGGGGACCAGCGAGCAUCCAGGUGGCUCUAACGAAGAGGAGUCCCUAUGCUCAAGCGACUCACAGGGUCUCGGGACUCAUGCUUGCCAAUCAUACGGGUAUAAGCGGCAUCUUUAAGCGGACGCUGGACCAGUACGACAAAUUGAGGAAGAGGAACGCGUUUUUGGAAAUGUACAAGAGGGAACCGAUGUUCGCCAACGAUUUGACCGAGUUCGAUCAAUCGCAGGAAACGGUCAAGGAGCUCAUGGAGGAGUACAGAGCGGCCGAGAGCGAAGACUAUAUUUCGGGUCAAGCGGACGAGUAGUAGUAGUAGUAGUAUUGGCAGCAAGCAUGUCGCGGGUCAUCCUUUUCUGUUUUCGCGCUGCUGGCAUUCCUGCCGACACGCAUCCGGUGCUCCAUGUUCGUGCCGCCGACCGCCCUGUCAUCAAUCACCCCCCCUUGUACUGUAUCCACCUCACUAUUGGCAAUGCGAAACAGAAG